AUAUUGCUGCCACGCAGGCGACGACUGACAGAGACAAUAUCAAAGUGUACAUAUACUAGGUAUUUACUGCAUGAAAGCAGUCUGACGUGGAAAAGUAUUGCUUGCAAAAGUUUUUAAACUCAUAAAAGAAACAAAACGAAGAAAAAUAAAUAUUCAGCUUGUGUCUGAAGAAUGAACAUUUUGCCGGCAGCAAUUCGCACGUAUUGAAAAUCAGAAAGCGAAAAUUUCCCCAGUGCAUAAAGUGAAAGUUGCUUUUGACUUGGAGUGUUCAGAGAGUCUUCAAACGAUUUGUAUUUUUUUGUUUAGAAUUAAUUCAUCAAUCGAUCGAAAAUGAAUCCUCAAUAUAGUCAGCCGCCGCAGCCAACUCCAAAUUUUCCACCACAACCGAACUACAAUGGCAAUCAACUGCCACCGAAUAGGUUGCCGAAUCAAAUGGCUGGUCUGUCGCUGAAUAAUGAUUUUGCAUCGGCCAAAGCAUCGCCAAGACAAAUGCAUGCAGCUCCAAAUCAGCCACCUUUUGGGAACUUGCCACCACAGGCUGCGUAUGCAAAUAAACCAGUGAUGGCACCGCCGGUUGCACAACAGCCUCAAUUGCAGCAACAACAACAACAACCGAAUCAAGCAUUAAAUAACAGACCCCCGAUGCCCCCUAGCAAUAUCAAUCCAAAUCCAUAUGCACCGCCUACGGCGAACGGUGCACCACAAGCGCAACCACCAUUCAAUGGUUCGACCAGUCAAUUUCCACCACAACCACAAGCACCAUUACAACAGGGUCCGCCCAAUCCACAACUUCCACCACAACAGAAUCGUCCCCCAUCUGCAAAUCCGAAUUUUGCACACCCACCAUUGCCUGGACAGUUAUCUGGUCAACUGCCUCAAGCUAACGGUCCAGACAGUCAGCUAAGACAAGCAUCACAACCAUUGCAGCAGUAUCCACAGGCAUCGUUGCAACAGCAACCCCAGCAACCGAUUGCGCAGCCACCAUUGAAUCAAGUGCCUACUAAUCCAAUGGGAGCACCGCCAUUGCCAAAUCAACAUUAUCCCCCAGGUCCUGCAUUGGUCUCUCCCGGUGCACAGCAGCCACCAUUCGCAGGCAAUCAACAACAACCACAAUACAGCAAUAAAAUGCCCCCAAUGCCACAGUAUCCACAGCAGCAACAACCGCUUCAACAGAUGCCACCGCAGCCCAACUAUCCGCAGCAGCCAGGUUACGGGCCACAGGGAAAUAUGCCACCAAUUAAUCGUCCUCAGUAUACUCAACCCGGUCCUGGACAAUACAAUCAACCAAAUCAGUAUCCACCUGGCAUGGCUGCACCACCACCACAACGUCGUCUUGAUCCCGAUCAAAUGCCAAACCCGAUUCAAGUUAUGACUGAAAACCAACGUUCAAUCACCGGACCGUUUGUAACGAAUGAAAUUGGCGCCGUGCCACCAUUGGUAACAACCAAAUUCAUUACUCAUGAUCAAGGAAAUUCUGGUCCACGUUUCAUUCGAUCGACCAUGUACAAUGUACCAGCAACACCAGAUAUGAUUAAACAAACUUCAGUGCCGUUCUCACUGAUCAUUUCGCCAUUUGCCGAAACCGGCGAAGGUGAAAUUGUUCCACCAAUCGUUGAUUUCGGUGAACUUGGUCCGAUUCGAUGCGUUCGAUGCAAGGCUUACAUGUCGCCAAACAUGCAAUUCGUUGAUGCCGGUCGUCGUUUCCGUUGUGCAAUGUGCAAAGCCACUACCGAAGUUCCAUCGGAGUACUUCCAACACUUGGACCAUGCUGGUCAGCGAGUCGAUAAGUACGAGAGACCAGAACUGGUUUUAGGCACAUACGAAUUUGUUGCGACAAAAGAAUACUGUCGAGAAAAUAAACCAUCGAAGCCGCCAGCAUUUAUUUUCGUAAUCGAUGUAUCUUACAACAACAUCAAAUCCGGUUUGGUGCAUUUGUUGUGCCGUGAAAUGAAGAAUAUUUUGAAAAAUCUCCCAAUCGACCAGGGUCACGAUCGCUCGAAAAUGAAAGUCGGUUUCAUCACAUACAACAAUUCGGUUCAUUUCUACAAUUGCAAAGAGAAUUUGGCGCAGCCACAAAUGAUGGUUGUGGGUGACAUUCAUGAAAUGUUUAUGCCACUGUUGGACGGUUUCUUCGUUGAUCCUGAGGAGUCGGGCGCUGUUAUCGACGCUUUGAUGGAGCAAAUUCCGAAAAUGUUUGGCGAUACACGUGAAACAGAGACGAUAUUGUUGCCAGCCGUUCAAGCUGGCUUGGAAGCAAUUAAAGCAUCCGAAUGCUCGGGCAAAUUGUUGGUGCUCCACUCAUCGUUGCCGGUAUCAGAUGCACCCGGUCGUCUUCAGAAUCGCGAGGACCGUAAGCUUCUCGGCACUGAAAAGGAAAAGACUAUUUUGAGUCCACAAAACAACGCAUACAACAAUUUGGGACAGGAAUGUGUUUUAGCCGGUUGUUCUGUAGACUUAUUUAUUUUUAACAAUUCAUACAUCGAUUUGGCUACGAUUGGUCAGGUGUCACGUUUAACAGGCGGUGAAAUCUAUAAGUACACCUAUUUCCAAGCCGAUAUCGAUGGACCGCGAGUGAUUUCCGAUCUGAUCAAGAAUGUUUCGCGUCCGAUUGCCUUCGAUGCCGUUAUGCGUGUGAGAACGUCAGCUGGAAUUCGACCAACCGAAUUUUAUGGUCAUUUCUUCAUGAGUAACACCACUGAUAUGGAUUUGGCAUCCAUUUCAAGCGGUAAAUCGAUUGGAAUCGAAAUUAAACAUGACGACAAGUUGCCGCCCGAAGAGAACGUGUACAUUCAAGUAGCACUUUUGUUCACAUCGUGCAGCGGUCAACGUCGUAUUCGAAUCUUGAAUUUAGCCAUGAAAACAUGCACUCAAAUGGCCGAUUUAUUCCGAUGUUGCGAUUUGGAUGCGGUGGUUCUCUACUUUGGCAAACAGUUGAUGACCAAACUUUUGGAUUCCACACCGCGAGCUGUUCGCGAAGCACUCGAAACAAGAUGUGCCCAAAUAUUGGCAUGCUAUCGCAAGAAUUGUGCAUCGCCAACGUCGGCCGGCCAAUUGAUUUUGCCCGAAUGUAUGAAACUGUUGCCGUUGUAUGUGUCUUGUAUGAUGAAGAACGAUGCGCUUUCCGGUGGAUCCGAUAUGUCUUGCGAUGAUCGCUCGUAUGUCAUGCAAUUUGUACAGAUUAUGGAUCUGCCGAUGUCAGUGUUCUACUUCUAUCCACGGCUGAUCCCAAUCCACGACGUCAAUCCAAACGAUACAGACAUUCCAGCACCGAUUCGAUGCACAGUUGAGAAAUUGGCCGAUGAUGGGGCAUAUAUCUUAGAAAAUGGCGUUCAUUUGUUUGUUUGGAUAGGUUUAAGUUUGGCACCGGAGUUCACACAGGCCGUAUUUAGUACGCAAUGCUCGCUACAAAUUGACACCGAUCGACCGGGCUUACCAGUAUUGGACAAUCCACUAUCGAAACGAGUGCGUGGCAUCAUCGACAGCAUCCAAGCGGAACGGCCACGUUGUAUGAGAGUAACGGUUGUGCGAUCACGCGACAAACUGGAGAAUGUAUUGCGACACUAUUUGAUUGAAGAUCGUUCUGGAAACGGCAUGGCUAGCUAUGUGGACUACUUAUGUCAUUUGCACAAGGAAAUUCGAGCCCUCUUAAGCUAGCUGGAAUCAACGUCAGUGCGUGAUCCGAACGUAACGACUUACAGUCGCAGUAUAUCACAACAACGCAUGAUAAAUACCCGUUAUCGCAGAUCAUUGAUUGGCAGAUAGCUCAAAUAAAUCCGUAUCUUUCUAAUUACCCGAUUGCAAUUCUUUCGAAAAGAGAAGAACCCACUAAAAAUCACUCGUUGUAAUUUCAAUUUGAUUAUUUUGUUGCUAAUAAAAAUAAAAUCCGAAACGUAUGAGAUCGGAACUAUUGUAAGUGAGGGAAAUACUUCAUGUUUGCAUUCAUGAAAAAAUAUAAAUCGCUGUAAAUGUUCGAGGGAUAGAAACUUUCUUUCAAAUGUGGCCACAAAAUAAUACAGAUUAUUAAAAAAAAAACGAAUUGUUUGCAAAUAUAUGUAUGUAUACAAGGAAGAAAGACAGAGAGAGAGAAAGGGAAAUUGGAUUAAAAUGAAAUUUUGGUCAACCCCCACACUAUCAAUACUUUUUUGUUGAUUUUUAAUUUAAUUAUCUUUUUUUAUAUUUCAAUGUUUCUGCUAUUAUUUUUUUUUCAAUUUUAUUCAAAUUAAAACUAAUUCUGAGGUCGAUAUAGUUUCAACAUCAUUAUAAACAGAGGGAAAUUUAUCAAUUUUGUUGUUGUAUGUAAUCUUGCUGAAGUCACGUCCGAUCAAAAGCAAGUUAGAUAAAAAAAAACACUUUUUUGGAAAACAAUUUAUUAUCAAGAAUUUUAAAAUGUUAUCAAUAUACAAUUAGACACAUAUAAAUAAAUAAAUGAAAAGAAAUGGGAAAA